AUGGGGCACCGGCUCUACUGUCUGGCUCGCAAGAGCAACUCACUGGUAAGAGGACCUCCCUUGCCUCCAUUGUCUCUCUAAUGUGUAGAUUAACUCAUAUGUCGCGCUCAGGCUCCCAUGGCAAAAUGAACAUUAUGUGGCGCUCAAGAUCACAAACAACACUCCCAAUGUUCUUGAGAGAGCUCGUCAGGAGCUUGCUGUUUCUGAGCAAUUCCUUGCCGCGGAGACCACCCAUCCAGGCCGCCAAUAUAUCCGCCCCGUCCUUGACUCAUUUGAGGUCGAGGGCCCUGAAGGAUCACACAUCUGCAUGACCUACGAAGCUCUGCGCCAGCCUGUCUGGAUGCUUGGCCAGCAGAGCGGCCUCACGAGCCUGGUCCAGGCCAACACCAUCAAAGCUUUGCUUCCAAGCAUGCUCAAGGCCCUCGACUUCCUUCACUCGGAGUGCCGUCUCAUUCAUACUAGUAGGUUCACUCACCCGUUCCGUCGCUGGACUUGGCUCACAUACUCUGUACCCAGACCUUACCGGUAACCAUUUCAUGAUUCCGUUUGAGGACUCUGGUGUCCUGGACGACUAUGUAAAGCGUCAAUUGACCAACCCCGCGCCCUGCCAGGAGCGCAACGGACGUCCCGUCUACGCUUCCCGUCAAAGUUUCGGCCAUCUUAGAGGGGAUGUUCGCAACGUCAAGCUCACAGACUUUGGCCAUUCCGUGAGAGGAGAUGUAGCACAGCCACAUACCCAUUUGAUCCAAACCCGAGAAUACGUUGCCCCCGAGGUUCUUCUCAAGGCAGGCUGGUCAUACUCUGCUGAUAUCUGGAACCUUGGUCUUGUGGUGAGUAAUAUCUUGAGUAUGGCGAGAUAAAGUGGCGUUUACUGAUAGAUUUUCGGUAGCUUUGGGAAUUGCUCGGCGAUAACAACCUGCUGAGUGGUCGUGUUCCUGGAUACUGCAGAUUCUCCCAGAAGAAUCGCUUUGCCCAGAUGAUUCGCCUUCUUGGUCCCCCACCCGCUGAGCUCCUUGCCAGAGCCGACCGGGACGCCCUUUCUGAGUUCUACAACGAUCAAGGUACGUCGAGACCAAUGAUUCCCCCUCUCCCCGCUAAAGAUUCUGAAGUAUCUCGUGCUAACGGCCUUUUUUUUUUAGGAGUCUUCAAGCACCCAGAACUCAUCCCUGAUGAGAUGUCCAGCCUCUCCAACUCGACCCCCAUGCUUGACGGUCAAGAGCGCGCUCUGUUCAUCAACUUUGCGAAGAAGAUGCUGACCUGGCUUCCUGAGCAACGUGCGUCGGCCAAGGAGCUGCUUGACGACCCGUGGCUGAGGUCUGCUGGACGGCACCGGCCCACGGGAUUCGGAUAUCUUGAAGAUACCCGUCUCACUUGA